GGGCGCGCUGCCCCAUGUUACCCUAUUUCAAGCCCAACCCAGCGUUGGCACUACAGUAUAAUCGUAAUCAAAGCCAAACCCAGCGUUGGCAAAUGCAAGCAUAAGCAUGGAACCGGCAAUAAUAGCCUAAUAUCUGGCCUAACUCUCCCUGAAGCUGGAAUUGGUUAACUUGGCUAUCAUCAAAGUUGCGUCUCUCCUUGCCAGCCAAAACCCUCUUGUUUGACAUGGGAAACAAUAUAUCGGAGGUUUUCACUAAGAUAGCCAGCGGCCACACGGUGCAUGAGGUCGACUGCGCCACUAAAAAGAAGAUCGACAAGCUCCUAACGGGGCCGUGCGUGGACGUGGUGCUGCUGAGGCCCCACAACUGGGUUGUACUUCGUAGAUUUCUUAAAAUUCACGAGAUGGUCUACAACUUCCAGUUUCGACCAGACGAUGUAGUGGUGAUGACAUACCCUAAAUGUGGUACCACAUGGAGCCAGGAGAUCGUCUGGAACAUGAGGAACAACCCAGACCUUGACAACCCAGACGCCGACGACGCACUCUUCGUACGCAGCCCCUACCUUGAGAUCGACAUGCUUUCCGGGCCUAAAAUGACAGUCGACUUUGCUGCAAUGGUCGCCUUCACGAAGGGCAUCCAAAAAUACGUCUGGAAUCUCUUCCACCUACUGGGAAGUUCACCUAUGUUCAAGGUGGCUGAAGCUCACUGGAAACCUCGCACUAUCAAGACUCAUCUGCCCUUUUCCAUGCUGCCCAAGAAUCUACUGGACACAUGCAAGGUUGUUUACGUGUCACGUAAUCCCAAGGACAACGUACUGUCCGCUCAGCACCACUACAAGCUACACAAAAUGGCCAACUUCAUCGGCACUCAGGAUGAAUUUGUUGACCUCUACGUGGAGGACUUGCUGUUGUACAGCCCGUACGGGCAGCACCUGAGGGAGGCGUGGUCCCGACGCCACCACCCCAACUUCUUCAUGAUGACGUACGAGGAGCUCAAGGCAGACACCCGCCAGCAGCUCACGAAGCUCGACGCUGGCACUCAGGAUGAAUUUGUUGACCUUUACGUGGAGGACUUGCUGUUGUACAGCCCGUACGGGCAGCACCUGAGGGAGGCGUGGUCCCGACGCCACCACCCCAACUUCUUCAUGAUGACGUUCGAGGAGCUCAAGGCAGACACCCGCCAGCAGCUCACGAAGCUCGACGCUUUCUUGGGCACCGGCCUUACGGACAAGCAGUUCGACAAC